AUGCCGGGAAGUUAUCACCGCCGGGGAUCCGACGUGACAAUCAGCAUCUUCACGAUGAUGAUCACGUUGCUGACGUGUCCAGUAAUCAUUAACGCUUCAUCAUCAUCAUCGGUAGCCAACACGAGGAAGCUCGACGAGGUAGAUCCCAUAAAGUGCUCUCCAAGCUGCGUCCAAAACCCUCCUCCGCCGUCUCCUCCACCACCGUCUCCACCACCUCCAGCAUGUCCUCCUCCGCCGGCUCUCCCUCCACCGCCGAAGAAAGUCUCACCCAACUGUCCACCGCCUCCCCCAGCUAAUUUCUUGUACAUAACAGGUCCACCGGGAAAUCUCUACCCGGUUGAUGAGCAAUUCGGUGCGGCCGCCAGAAAAACUUUUACGGUGGCGAAGCUGGCCGGUCUGAUCGGGUUUGGACUUAUAGUAUUGUUGGUUCUUUGAAACAUGAACGGAUCAAAAGAAAAGUUGAAAAGUUGUUGGUAUGUUGGGAUACUUUUUUUUUUUAAUUAGUUUACUGAAGAUCGAAGGUUAUUGAUCGUUGGUUAAUAAUAAUUUUUAUAGCUAGGAUAUAUAUUUUUCAUCUUAUUUUCCUAUAUUCAAAUUUUCUAAUGGGUUUGUUAAACCAAAUUAAUAAGGGGCGAAUAUAAGCAUAGACCGAAAAAUCUGUUAAAGGAAAUAUGUAUAUUCUCGAAUUUAUUCUCUUUAUGUGAUAUGUUCUCUUCUCUUUGACAACUUGCCGUUCGAAUUUAUUCUUGGAAUUGGAAAUUGUACUUUAUGCGAAUAAUUUUGUAGAAAAGCAAGUUGCACUCGUAAAGUGAAAAGAUUGAAAAGGCGAAAUUGGUGAAAAAAUAUUCUGGUUCUUUUGUGGUUUAUUUGUCCUCUUAUGUAUAGUAAUUUAAAUCAGCUUUUUUUACGACUAUUACUGACUAUUUCAAUUGCUCUUGAUCAAUUUUUGCAGUUUUUUCCUAGAAAAUGUUAUUUUUCAUGUGAUACAAAAUGGUCAAAUCUG